AUGAAGCGCGGAGCGAAGCGGUCGUCGCGAGAUGGGGAGGACAUCCCCGGGACACGCGCCCGCACCAAAGAUGCUGAGGAAAUGCGAAAGGAAGAAGAGCGCCGGCAGCGUGGGCUGACGGAGGCAAAGCCGCGAGCGGAGCUCGAAGACGAAGACAGCUGGGAAGAUGACAACAGUGACGUUGAAUACAUCGAGGACGGCUACGAUGAUGAAGAGGAAAUCGUUGAGGCGGGCGACGAGGACGAUGAUGAGUACGCCGAGUUCCAGAAGGAAUCCUCGGCUCACAUUGCGAAAGGCAUCAAGUCUAUCUCCUUCAAGGAGGCCGGCGAGACGGGUGCCGAGGACGAUGACGAGGCCGGCGGUGCUGCGGCGGUGUCAGUGUGGCGUGGCGACAUCGAAGGUGCCGCCAUUGGCGAGGCGGAAGGCGGUGAGCCAAUAAAGCUAGAGUUCUCCAACAAGGCCUACGACGCCUUCUUCCAGCUGCGCACCGAGUAUCCAUGCCUGUCUUUUGAUGUCGUGAAGGACAACAAGGACAACCACACCAGGUACCCACUCUCCACGGUGUUGGUGUGCGGCACGCAAGCGGAUGAGCAGGCCCGAAACGAGUUGCUGGUGCUCUAUGUAACGAACAUGUGCCGCACCAAGUACGACGUAGCCAGCGACAACGACAGCGAGGAAGACUACAUCGGCGAAGAGGACGAUAGCGAGGAGGACGAGGACGACGAGGCCGACGAGGAUGUGAACGAUGGCGAGCCGGUGGUGCACCACCGCGUCAUCAAACACUACGGCACGGCCAACCGCGUGCGCUGCUGCCCGCAGAACAACCCUGCGAGUGGCAGUCAGCUCGUGGCCGUGUGGUCCGAAGCCGGCCACGUGCAGGUCUUCGACAUCGAGUCGGAGGUGCGGGCCCUGACAGACUUCUCGAACUGGUCGAAGGAGCAGGCGCAGGUGUGGAAGCAGCAAUCGGCUGGAGGGCAGAGUAAGAAGGCUCAUCCGCUGAAGUUCUGCACGCCGUCGACGUCGCACAAGACAGAGGGCUACGGACUCGACUGGAGCCCGGUGCAGGCGAGCGUCUUCGCGUCGGGUGACUGCGCCGGUUCUCUUUUCGUGUGGCAGCCCACGGACGACGGCCGGUGGAAGAGCGCAGCAAGCAGCACUGUACCUGGCGCUAUGUCGAUUGAGGAGAUUCAGUGGAGUCCGACGCAGGCGGAUGUGCUCAUCACCGCCCGCGCCGGCGGCCUAGUGGAGGUGUGGGACACGCGUGACAUGCGGGCCUGCAAAAUUGCGUUUCAGGCGGACCCCUCCGAUAUCAACGUGGCUGACUGGAACCGUGCCCGGCAAGCGUCGCACCUGCUUGUGACAGGUGCCGAGAGCGGCGCUGUCGCAGUGUGGGAUCUGCGGCGCAUUGCCACUCCGGAGCCGAUCCAGCGCAUCGCACUUCACAAGAAGGCCAUCACGUCCGUCGAGUUUGCGCCGCACAACGAGAGUGUCCUGUCCGUUGUCAGUGAUGAUGGUCGCUGCACCUUGUGGGACCUGUCGCUCGAGCGCGACUUUAACGAGGAGCAGGAGGCGGUGGGCGAGUUGUUUAGCGGGAAGUUGAAGGAGUACCCUGAUCAAUUGAUGUUUCAUCAUCAGGGGCUGGUGCACCCGAAGGAGGCGCACUGGCACAUGCAGAUCCCCGGCAUGGUCGUGACGACGGAUUACGAGGGUCUCAAUCUCUUCCGUCCCAUGAACUGGAAGUCCUUGAUGCGUUGA